AUGAGCCAUGUGCGAGGAGCAAAAGAGGUACCCCGGCCGGUGGUCUAUGCUUGGGGCUUCAGCGGGUCGGGCAGACUGGGACUCGAGCUGGACGUCGACAACAAGCUCGAGAUGCUCCAGAUCCGGGAGAGAAACAAGGGCCUGCCGCCUGAGCGCACUCAGACCACCGGGCCGAAGCACCUUCCCAUGCGCCGGGUCUCCCUGCUCCUUUUGGCCUCGAGCGGUCCGUGGCACUGGAGCCGACCCAACAGCCUGGCGGCGCUGCGGCCCUUCGCGGCCAUGGCGUCGACCCCGAUCACGGUGCUUACUACGGAGGACGCCGUGGAUAAAGCCGCCAAGAUUGUGGAAGCGAGCAAGGUCUUAGAAGCUGAGGCCACGACAGAGGAGGUCAAGAGCUACUAUUGGUGGGAGGGCAAAGUCAACUUUGACCCUGAAUGGCGAGUUGCACUCAAAACUGCUGCACCCUUCUCGGAGGUGGAGGAGGUGGUGACGAGAGCUCACAGCUAUGAUCUGCCCAUGAUCAUCUACGACCUUCCUGAGCCCCCUGCUGAGCCUGCCUACUGGAAGGGCGUGCUGGCCAUGGGAGGUGAGGAGGCCGUCAGAGUCGCCGAGAAACUGGUGGCAAAACGCAUCGUGGCCUGCGCACAAGCUUCAGCAACGAGCUUGGCAGUCAAAACGGUGGCAAGGUGCAAGCCGCUGGUUGAGGCACAGGCGGGGCAGUCCGUCCGGUGGACAAGCAUUGGUGGCAAUGCGGGCUACUUGCAGGGCCACCUGUCUGAUCGUCGCAUGAAGUCGCUCCCAAGUUUCGUCACAGCGGCGAGGUGUAUGAGAGAGCUUGUGUCUUCGAUCGUGGCCUUUCAUGGCCUGCUGAUUGAAGUGCACGCAGGCGUCUAUCCGCCCAUGAAGGUAGAGGAGCGCUGGAAGCCCAAGGUACGGGAGAGCAACCAAAGUGUGGCGGAGGAUGCAGCGAAACUGGACGAGCCCAGCAACACCUGGAGUGACUGCCAGCGAAAGCUCUUCGAGGAGAAAGCAGACUGCAAGCUCAAGGCCUUACAGGACAGGGAACGUCAGGUAAAGCGCAUGUGCGAUGGUCACCUGGACUUCAUCUACAAAAUGUGGGACAAACCCGACUCAAGGUCGGACCCAUGCGAGUACGAGCUACGCCAUCUUCGGAAGGAGCUUGAGGUGGAUUACAUCCGAACUCUGCACGCCAUGAACCUUGAUGGAAGCGGCGAGGGCCCUCAGAUGGAGAACGCGUAUUGGGUCAAAACGGACCCCGAGAUAAAGGGAAAGCUUUGCAAAUUCGAGGAGCUGGCGUGGAUCCUGCAGCAGCAGCCGGUCUACAUGGCACGCCUGAGCUCGGCCUUACGAAAAGGAAGCUUGCAGGAAGCAGACACUCGCACCUUCCGCACCAUGUGCGAGCGCAUCUAUCAUGAUCUCUUCCAACCACGCACGGUUCAUCUCUUCAAAUCUAUGUUGAGUCUCAUCAUCAAGUCCGAGAUGCAGCAGGCCAAGUUCCUGCACGACCUGUUUGACCCGUUCAAAUCACACGCUGCAUCCUUGUUCACACAGCUCUCCACGCACUCAGCGUUUGUGGAGGGAAUGGUGCUGCCCAUCCUCAACCCGCAGGUGGAGACUUCCUUGGUCUCUACCAUCAUCCGGUACACGCUUCUGAAGAGGGACGGUGAGACGCCCCGUGUGCUUGGGACAGAAGCUCCAGAACAUUCCCAUGUGACUGGGGUGUUCACAACGCACUAUCCAGAGUAUCAGGAACUGGUGAAGAAGGCGAACGCGGACAAGGCCGCACAUCCAGGUAAGACGUCGCAGAAGAGCUACCUCUACAACUUUCAGAACGAGCUAGCAGACCUCCAGCGAGCUUGUGGGAAGGAGCCUGCAACCCCUGGCCAUGACAGCAAGGAUGUGCAUGCGGGCUGCAUCACAAGCUUCAUAGAGCACUUUGUGACGGACCUUCUGGCAGAGGACUGUGCAAAAGAUUUCCGAAUGUUGCUUGUGUGCGCUUUCAAGACCAUGCUAAACGACUGCCCGGCCGCCAAAGGAUUCGAAGAGUCGGAUCCUCGCGUCUGCACCCCCUUGGCAGCUCUGGUUCUGGGCAACAUCAUCGGCAGUGUCCUUGAAACCGUAGGUCAACGCAGGUACAGCUUGGUCGAGCUGAGCAUUCGAAAGCAGGUCUUGGAAAUGUUUUCCAACAUGCAGAGGCGGAAGGGAAGGCCAAAGGGAGACCUCGAAGUGGACCCCAAUGAUGUGGCAGAACAGCUCUAUGAUCGAGUCCUUUUCAACAUCCAG